AGAGCUCUUAACGUUGGAAUUUUAUUUAAUCAUCGCAGUGUGCUGAUCAUGAGAAAUAAAUAUUCAAUAAGCUGGAAAUCUCAAUUGAGGCAGCAAAAUGAAACGUAGAAAAACAAGAAAUAAAUCGCCGAAACCAGCUGGAGUCAUGUCAUGGGAUUGUUAUAUAAAAGUUCCAAACUCUUGAACAUAAUUCUGGAUUCCCUGGAAGAUCAAGAGGGUGGAGCUAUGUACAUAUCGUGCGAUGUCUCAAACGGAGGUCCUGUGGAACCAGAAACGGGCUAUGUGCCCAAUAAUCCAUUAUUCGGCCUGGCGUUGGACAGUCCGCAGCAAGAGUGUGCUGCAUCCUGCGUCGGCUGUUUAUCCUGCCAAGGCAACACCGCCCUGCCCAUCUCCUCACUCACCAGCAGCGAUUUUGAUUGCGGCGGCUGCUUCGAUCCCACAAUUGGAGUGCUGGGCAAUCAAAUCAAUACCACACCGCCCACAAGUAAUCUCUCGGGUGCUGGCAGUGUCACCAACAACGGUUCCUCGCUUGGUGUGGGCAACGGCAGCAGCUACUGGAGCACCGACGAGAUGGCCUCCACGUUUCCCGGCUUGCCACCGCUGGACAUUGAUCCCUUGCCCAGCCUCUUUCCGUUCUCGCCCUGCGGUGCUUCGUACAAUUUCGCCAGCAAUCCACAUCAGGCCUCGCUCUCCUACACCGUGCAUCCGCACCAGAUGCUCAUCUCCCCCAACGGCAGUCAGCAGCAACAGCAGCAGCACUCCCAUUCACAUUCCCAGUCAACGCAGUCAGGACAUCAGCUGCAGUCGCAGCACAUGCAACAGGCACUGACCCAGGCAUCGCACGGUGGUAACGGGCUCCACAAUCACAGCAGCCACCACAACAGCUCCACCACAAAUGGCACCACUGGCGGCAAUGGCGGCUCUGGUGCAGGCAGCGCCUGCUACUAUGAGGCUGCUGCGAAUGCAGCCGCCACAGCACCGCCCAUGUAUCCCAGCAUGAGUGUCAAUGUCAGCAUGAAUAUGACCAUGCAUCAUGGCUAUGGGGCCGACGGCAGCGCUGUGCCCAUGCAGUGCUCGCAAAUGAACUGGACACCACCCAACAGCUCCUCAGCGGCGGUUAAUGUGCUCUACCCUCCACUGCUGAGUCCCACACACUAUCCUGCAUCCGCUACCUAUUCGUUUACGGCUGAUUUUCGAGCGCCGGCACCAACAGCAUCGUUGAGCGCACUUCCCACACUAGCGGACAAGGAGUCACCAUCGCCACCUGUGUCCAAUACAGCAGCAGCGUUGGGUUAUUACACUGGAGCAGCUACAGGCGCCGGCCAGAGUUAUACGCCGCCCCAUAAGAGUCCCAGUUAUCAGGCCACCGCUUUGAGUUUGGGUCUGUCUGCCUUCGAUGAUGAGGAGGAUAGCAUCGAUGAUGGGGAUGGCGAUGCGGACGGGGAUGGUGAGGGCAGCGCUGGCGGCGAUAUGAAACCGAACUUGUGCCGGCUGUGUGGCAAAACAUAUGCGAGGCCCAGCACAUUGAAGACGCAUCUACGCACCCAUUCGGGAGAGCGGCCGUAUCGCUGUCCGGAUUGCAACAAAAGCUUCUCACAGGCCGCCAAUUUGACGGCGCACGUACGCACACAUACGGGACAGAAGCCGUUUCGCUGUCCCAUUUGUGAUAGACGUUUCUCGCAAAGUUCCAGCGUCACCACGCACAUGCGAACCCAUUCCGGCGAGCGUCCCUAUCGGUGCUCCUCCUGCAAGAAGUCCUUCUCCGACAGCUCUACGCUGACCAAACAUCUGCGCAUCCACAGCGGCGAGAAGCCCUAUCAGUGCAAGCUCUGCCUGCUCAGAUUCUCGCAGUCGGGCAAUCUCAAUCGGCACAUGCGCGUACACGGCAACAAUGCCAAUGGCAGCAACGGCAGCGGCAACGGCGGCAGUGGCAGCAAUGGUGGCAAUGGCAUUGGCGGGGGUGGCAGCAGUCUCAUUACAUGACAAAAGCCGCGUAGUGCAGGCGGUUUUCAGCAUUAUCAUCCCCCGCAUCCGCACCCGCACUCGCAUCCACAUCCGUUGGCACAUCCGCAUCCACUACCGCACCACAUGCAUCACCACGCCCAUAUGCCCAACUAUGACUAUGGCAAUUACAGCAUCAGCGACUAUACUCCACCCGGCGCUACACAAAACUAUUCAGGGUAUUAUUUCUGCGCACUCAACAAGCCACCCAAGUUCGAGCGUUUCUACUAACAGCCAAGAAGCGGACACAGACACUUGAAAGUGGAGAUUUAAUUCAAGAAAUUUAUAAAAUGAAAUGCUAUUGUAAAUGCUCAAAUUCGAAUUGAAAUCAACGUAAAACUUAAAACAAAAUCUAAACUAAUCGAAACUAAUUGAGGCCCAUGUGCCAUUGUAUAUAUCAUUAAUCAUUUUGUAUUUAUUAUUCACAUCGCAUGCAUACCAAAUCUAUGCAUUGGACCAUAAUUCUAUUACUUAUAUAACAUAUAAAUGUAUUUCUGUAUAUGGUAGUUGAAAAACACGCAUAAAUCUAUUCAAAAUUAGCCAACGAAAUAGACAUUAAGUCAACACAAACACAUAGGCAAUACAACAAAGAAUAUGAAGUUAAUUUUAAACCCCAAUUUUCACACUAGAGAAAUAUUUCGCGAAAAUAUGCGAUAUUACUCGUAUCUUAAUAUGCUUAAAUUCGAUAUAUAAAAUGAACUAAACUUACUUUCCUUGGUUACGCUUACUUAGUUACCAUACCAUAUAGCGGCACCCAGAAAGCUACCUUUAAGACAUUGUAUAUUUAGGCAUAAUUGUACUUAUAGAUGUAAUUUAAGUCAGGUGCUUUGAUUUAAGCCAAUUUUGCGUAUACCGAAUUUAAAUAAAUAUACAAAAGAAAUA